GUCCAGGGGAGGCCCCCGGCGGCUGGAGCGCGGCGGAGGCAGGCGCAGAGGCCGGAGGCAGAGGAGGCGAGGGGCGGCCCGAGCUCGGGGAGGGAGCGAGGCGAGCGGUCAUGUGCCCGUGCCCCCUGCACCGCGGCCGCGGCCCCCCGGCCGUGUGCGCCUGCAGCGCGGGGCGCCUGGGUCUGCGCUCCUCCGCCGCGCAGCUCACGGCCGCCCGGCUCAAGGCGCUCGGCGACGAGCUGCACCAGCGCACCAUGUGGCGGCGCCGCGCGCGGAGCCGGAGGGCGCCGGCGCCCGGCGCGCUCCCCACCUACUGGCCCUGGCUGUGCGCGGCCGCGCAGGUGGCGGCGCUGGCGGCCUGGCUGCUCGGCAGACGGAACUUGUAGGAACGCGGGGCUUCUUGGUGGGGCCGGAGCCGAGACCCAGCCGGAGCAAGCAACAGGUUGGUGAAAACCCUGUGUCCUUGGAGAAAGCUGGUUCCUGUUUUCCUGAGGGGGAGCCCAGAGCUUAAAAGGCUGCGCGCGGCUGGCACUUCGAGAAGGAAGUGGGGAAUACAGACAGCGCCUGGAGCACGAGAGCAUCGCGGAAUGGGACUGGGGAAGCCCUUUGGGGAUCCAGCUGCAGAAAAGACACCCUAAUGCUAUUUACAUACAGCUCUCUCUCUAUAUAUAUAAAAAAGAAAAUAUGAAUAUUGCUACUCAGUGCAUGCCGUGUGGAGGACGUGGUCCCCUCCCUUCUCUGCACCUUCCGAUGUGAACUUGACUCUUUCGUGUCUGGGGCACCGGAAGAGAGAUGCCUCCUGUGUCCCGAGAAAAACUGCCAAGACUGGUGGGAAUUAGCCUCAGAGCCAACCCACCGCCUGGGGAGGGAUGCUGGUGGAGUCAGAGGUGACAUUGCAAAAGGCAAAAGAGAAAGGCAAUAUGUUUAUAAAAAAGUGCGGAGGACUGGAGGCCAGUGGGUAGGGGCGGUCUGGGAUACCUCCACUUCCAAGUCCUGACAAGUCCUAGCCCCUCUCUCUGUCCCUAAGAUAGAGAGCUAGCCCACUGUCUCAUCAGGACAGCUGGGGGUCCCCCUCUGCCUCUGGGGUCGCUGGUGCUUCGCCUGAACUUCGCUGGUGCUAAGCGUGUGUUCUCGCGGGUGCCGCCUGGGUUUUCUGUUGCCAGACCUGCGAGGCCAGGGGACAAGAGAGAUUUCUUUUUUGCUGUUUUGGAUUCUUCUUUUCUAAAAGGAUGAGGGGAGAGUGCAACGUGAGGGUCCCUUUCUCUUUGCAGGGACCAAUAUCCAGAGGUGUGUGGGGGCAAAC